CUCCAGGAACACACUCGGGCCCACAGCACUCGCUCGUCCUGCGGGAGCUGCGGCGCCAAGAUGAGCGAAGAGGAGAACCCAGCGAGCAAGCCCACGCCGGUGCAGGACGUGCAGGGCGACGGGCGCUGGAUGUCCCUGCACCAUCGGUUCGUAGCCGACAGCAAAGAUAAGGAACCCGAAGUCGUCUUCAUCGGGGACUCCUUGGUUCAGCUCAUGCACCAGUGUGAGAUCUGGCGGGAGCUCUUUUCCCCUCUGCAUGCACUUAACUUUGGCAUUGGCGGUGACAACACACAGCAUGUGCUGUGGCGUCUGGAGAAUGGGGAGCUGGAACACAUCCGACCUAAGAUUGUGGUGGUCUGGGUGGGUACUAACAACCAUGGGCACACUGCGGAGCAGGUGACUGGCGGCAUCAAGGCCAUUGUGCAUCUGGUGAACCAGUGGCAGCCCCAGGCCCGAGUCGUGGUGCUGGGCCUGCUUCCUCGGGGUCAGCACCCCAAUCCACUCCGUGAGAAAAACCGACGGGUGAAUGAGCUGGUACGAGCGGCAUUGGCUGGCCACCCACGGGCCCACUUUCUGGAUGCAGACCCUGGCUUUGUGCACUCAGAUGGAACCAUAAGCCACCAUGACAUGUAUGAUUACCUGCAUCUGAGCCGUCUGGGGUACACACCUGUUUGCCGGGCCCUGCACUCCCUGCUUCUGCGUCUGCUGGCCCAAGAUCAGGGACAGGGUUUUGUCCCCCCACCAGAGCCUGCACCCUAAGCAUCUGCCUUCCUGCUACAUUAAAUUCUCAUUCUUCAGUC